AGAAGAGACAGUCGCUGCCGCCACCAUGAGCCGCAGCCCGGAGAGGAUCUCUUCCUACCGCCGUCACUUUGAGGACAGCAGCAGCUCGUCCUACCAGGUCAGGGUGUCCAGCCCAUCCCCCACCAGGAGAGACGCCCGUCAUGCCUCCGCCAGCUACCCCUGCAGAGCCGGGGCCAGCAGCAUGCGUGUGGAGUCAGUGGGACGAAGGACUGUGUCAGCUGCACGCAGGACUCGCAUGAUUGGAGCAGGUGUGAGUGCAGGAGCCAUGGUAUGUGUUGGGCCCAGUGGAGAACCUGCCAUGGAUCUGAACGUGGCUGCAGCCGAGAACCAAGAAUUCCUCAGCACCCGCACGAGUGAAAGACAGGAGAUGAUUGUCCUCAAUGACAGGCUGGCUGUCUACAUCAACAAGGUUCGGUCACUUGAGCAGCAGAACAAGCUACUUGAGGCAGAGAUUGAGGCCUACCAGAACCGCUUCGAAAAGCCAACAGGUCUACGCCUCUUAUAUGAGGAGCAGUUGAGGGAGCUGCAAAAGAUUGCUGACCAGAUGAGAGUUCAGCGGGACAUCUCCUUGGCAGCUAAGGAGUCCACAGCUGCUCAUCUAGAGGCAAUCAAAAUCAAAUAUGAGGAGGCAGUGGAGCUGAGGAGGAAAGCCGAGUUGGACAUUGAAGCCUUCCGUCCAGACGUGGACAAAGCCACCUCCUCUCGCAUCAUCUUGGAGAAGAAGCUGGAGCAGCUGGAAGUUGAAAUUGAAUUCCUAAAGCGCGUCCAUCAACAGGAAAUUGAUGAGCUCAUGAAACAGAUCUAUGCAGCUCACGUCUCAGCUGAGAGUGCAUUCGCCCUCCCUGACCUGGCAGCUGCUAUGAAACAAAUCCAAAACCAGUAUGACGACAUUGCGGCCAAAAAUCUCCAGGAGAUGGAUUCAUGGUAUAAAAACAAGUUUGAAGAUCUCACCAGUAAGACUUCAAGGCAUGUGGAUAAGGUUCGAAGCAUUAGAGAAGAAAUAGCUGGUGCCAAAAAGGAUAUCCAAAGCAAAGAACGUGACUUGGAUAGCAUGAGGACUAAGAAUGAAGCUCUUGAGGCCCAGAUCCGGGAGAUGCAAGAAAAGUACAGGAAGGAACUGGAAGACCUGCAGGCUCGGAUUGAGGCCCUGCAGCUUGAGCUGAAAACCACCAAGGAGAAAAUUGCGCUGCACCUGCGCGAGUACCAGGAUCUCCUGAAUGUCAAGAUGUCUCUGGAGAUUGAGAUUACAACAUACAGAAAACUUAUUGAAGGAGAAGAUCUGCGACUCUCUGGCAUGAUGCAAACUCUGUCUCUGACCGGCUGCAGCACCACUGCCAUUGGUACUGGAAUGAGCUUCGGUGGGGGAAGCAUGGGAGGUGUUGGUGGAAUGGGUGGCGGAAUGACUGGAGGUAGUGGUGGAGGUGUUGGAGGCGUGGGCACUGGAGUCGGAAUGGGUGGGGGAAUGGGUGCAGGAGGCAUGGGUGCUGGUCUAAGCAGUGGUGCUGGAGGAAUGGGUGGAAGAAUGGGUGCUGGAGGUCCAGAUGACAAGAAAGGUCCUGCUGGUAAAGCAGGUGGAGCAGAUAUGGUUGAUGGUCAUGGAUUGGGAGCUGGGGGUGCAGGUGGAGGUCUAGGAGCUGGCACAGGGGGUGUGGGUACAGGCGGAGGUGCUGGUGGACACGGUGCUGGAAGCUUUGGUGCUGGGGCUGGUGUUGGGGGGUUGGGAAAAGGGGCUGGAGGCGUGGGCGCUGGUGCUGAAGGUUCUGCCACUGGUCCUGGAGGUGUGGGUGCCGGUGUUGGUGGAAAUUUGGGACUUGGCACUGGAGGCAAGGGUGACAGCAGUGUGGGUGGUGCUGGAAUGGGUGCAGGUUCAGGUGGCAUGGGUGUCAGUGGAGGAAAUGGUGGGCUUGGUGGAGGCAUGGAUAGGGUCGGUGGUAAAGAUCGUGGAAUGGGUCCUACCAGAAUGGGUAGCGGAAUCGGAGGCAUUGGAGGGACUGAGGAUGUGGGUGGAGGUGAUGUAGGUGCACUGUCAGGGUCAGGACAGGGCACCAACACCGAUGCCUACGCAGAGCAGGCUGUUGAGCUGACGGAGAGAAGGACGGUCCUCAUCAGAACGGUCAAGAAUGAGGACGAUGUGCUGGAGAUGGACCACCAGGAACAAACCUACACCAUCACCGGUGCCGCCGAUGACUCUGACAACGAGUGACCAGCAUGAAUUCCCAAAUGACCUCCUCUCGCCUUUAAACCUCCACGCCCCUUUAAGCUUUGCACUUACCAAACCCCAUGUCUGGACACUGACCUUUGCCCUUUGCCCUGGACAAGAAGACCAUGACUGACCCUUUGCUACAGAGUGAAACCCUCACUUCAUAGAGUUUAAAUAUGCCUCAACAUGGGCUCUAAACUUUUGUGUGUCUUACAACACCCACUCCCCUUUUUUCUACUUGCAAAUAAAGCUAUCAGCAUUCAAUUGCUUUGUCCUUUUUUAUUUGAUGUCUUUUUCCAUGUUUGAGGUGGCUUAUAAGGACACAGGAGGUUUUCCAAUACCAUUUUCAUGAAAUGCUGGUAAAAGUACAUUUUUGUUCAAGUGAGAGAGAUGUUGCUGAUUUUCAUAGCACUGGCUUGAGGGAUAAAGAGUGAAAAAGGGAGAGAAAGUAGUGAGGGAAAAGCAAAGCAGAGAGAAAGAUAGAGUCACCUGAGGGUCAAGGCAGUCGCCCUGACACUUUCUGGAGGGCUGAGGAAUCCAUCAGUCACAAUUUUUCUUGCAGCAGAGUGAUGGCACG